AUGUCACAACCAGCUUCGGCGCCCCCCAUCAGGGCCGUCUUCCUCGACUUUAUGGGCACCUGCCUGGACUGGCACAGCAGCGUUGUCCGUGCACUGCCGGCGUCACUCACAGAAGAAGCCCGGUCGGAUUUGGCCUUGGUGUGGCGGCAGGCAUUUUUCGACGACAUCCGCAGCCGGCCCCCCGGUGAGGCCCCGGAAGACAUUGAUGUGGUCCACGAGCGGCUGUUAAGGCGGUUGCUGGAGGAGGGGCCGCGCACCGAUGUUGCCCACGCUUUCUCGGACGCAAGCAUCACAGAGGCCGUUCAAGCAUGGCACCAAAUGACGGCCUGGCAAGACGUGUAUGCAGGGCUCGCAGCGGUCCGCGAGCAGCUGGGAGUCGAAGUCUUCGUCCUCGCCAACGGCACCACGCGCUUGCAGCUGGACCUUGUUCGCUCGUCGGGCCUGGCGCCCGUCAUCGACAUGCUCUUUUCGAGCCAGCUGCUGGGCGUGGCCAAACCAACGCCCGAGAUCUACAAGCGAGCACUCGACUUGGUGGGCCUCGGCCGCGACGGUCCGGGAGGAGCGGUCAUGGUGGCGGCGCAUGCGUACGAUCUGCGCGCGGCCAAGGCAGUGGGGCUGCGGACGGUGUACAUUCGGCGGUGGACGGACGACUUGGACGAAACGGACGACGAACUGUUGGUGCGGGAAAACGAUGGCUACGUUCUGGAUGACUUUGCCGGAUUGGCGGAGGUGUUGAAAAAGAUGCAGUCAGCAUCCGAUGGUCAUUGA